CACGCCAGGCAGCCCCCUAUUAUUAUUGUAAGAAUAAUUUCACUUAUGAAAAUGGCGGCGAGUCAGGGAGCUGUAGGACCCGCGGCGGCUCUCCAGAGCCAGCAUUAUCCUAAUGUAGCGCACUGGAACCCAGGCGUGAUGCAGCAGCAGCAGCAGCACCCGCUACACACCGCCCGCAGUCUGGAACGAGCGCUGGAAGACGCCGUCUGCUCCGGGAUGCUCAACAUCAGCGGAAGGAAGCUGCGCGACUAUCCGGGGCUCAAUUACGAUUUGACCGAUACUACACAAGCAGACUUGUCGAAAAACCGUUUUUGUGAAAUCCCACCAGAAGUUUGUAUGUUUGCGCCACUGGAGUCAUUAAACCUCUACCACAACUGCAUAAAGGUGGUCCCAGAGGCCAUUAUCAACCUACAGAUGCUCACCUACCUGAACAUCAGUCGAAAUCAACUGUCCGUUCUCCCCAAGUUUCUCUUUAAUCUUCCUCUGAAAGUGCUGGUGGUCAGCAACAAUAAACUCCUAUCCAUUCCUGAGGAGAUCGGAAAGGCCAAAGAUGUUAUGGAACUGGACAUCAGCUGUAAUGAGAUUCAGGUGCUUCCUACACAAAUGGGGAAACUUCUUGCAUUACGUGAACUCAACAUACGAAGAAACUGUCUACAAGUGUUACCAGAUGAGUUGUCCGAUCUGCCAUUGAUUAGGUUGGAUUUCUCCUGUAAUAAAAUCACAGAGAUUCCCAUAUCUUACCUCAAACUUAAGCAGUUGCAGCACAUCGUUCUUGACAACAACCCCAUGCAGUCUCCUCCUGCCCAGAUCUGCCUAAAGGGAAAGAUCCACAUCUUUAAGUAUUUAAACCUGCAGGCAUGUCGCCUGGAUAAAAAACCAGACACGCUUGACUUGCCUUCUCUUGGAAAACGCUGCUUGCCUCAGCAGCUGACAGACAGUAUGGAAGAUUUCUAUCCCAGUAAAAACCAUGGCCCUGACUCAGGUAUUGGCAGUGACAAUGGUGACAAAAGACUGUCGACCACAGAGCCAUCCGAUGAUGACACCAUGAGUCUCCACUCUCAAGUAUCUGAGACGGCGCGGGCAGACGCACACAUACUUCUCACAAAGCUGGACUCAAACAAAGAUCAGGACCCAUAUGACUUUAUUGACCCAAACCCAGAUGAAGAGGCCAUUCUGUCUGAGGGAGAUCUACAGCACAACGCACCCUAUGUGUCAUGCAUAAAGGAGCUGGAGCGGGUUCUGAAAACGCACCAAAGCAAAGACAAAGAGAAUUGGAAAGAGGAGUCAGGAUCUGAGAAAGAGCAGUUAGCUGAAGAAGAUGAGGAUGACUUAAAGGAAGUGUUGGAUCUAAGGAAGAUCGCAGUACAACUUCUACAACAAGAGCAACAGAACAGGAGGCGAUCCCUAAUUUGUAGGGCAGAGAGUCUAAUACACCGUAGAAGAGCCGCGGGGAGAGCUCACAGGUUCCUCAGCCACUCAGGGAGUAGCACCAAACAAAGAACCCCAUCUCAGACUGUUAGAAGUGCGUCACUAGAUGAAGGAAGCAGCUCAGCCUCCGCCUUGAGUGGACAGGAGACUGAUCUCACUGAUGAAGAUGCAGCUUUCUCUGAGCCUUCUUCAUCUUGCUCGUUUGAUGGAAGUUUGAAAUCGGAGAGUAGUGACUCUGAGCCAAGAUGGCCAGAGGUUCCUCCUGUGCUCAACCAAAAUGAGGAUCGGAGAAGAAACAAGUACCUGAGAAAAGACUACCUGAAGUACAAGUGCCAAAGUGCUCGAAGAAACUCCAGUGGCAAUGACAAUGAUUGUGAGGAGGGAAUGCGAUCUAGUGACUUCACCACAACUCUGACUGUCUUUGGCCUGAAGCCCAGAUCAGCCUUCUCCCGUGGAAAUCGACAAGACUUCAGCUCCACAGACCCAAGCUUCACAAUGAGGAGAAAGAUGGAGCACCUCAGGGAGGAGAUGGAGCAGAUCAGACUCUUACGACAGAACCUCGAGUCUAGGCUAAAGGUUCUCUUGCCAGAUGAUGUGGGCGCUGCUUUGAUGGAUGGUGUUGUUUUAUGCCAUCUGGCUAAUCACAUUCGUCCUCGUUCUGUAGCUAGCAUUCAUGUACCAUCCCCUGCUGUGCCAAAGCUGAGUAUGGCCAAGUGUCGGCGGAAUGUUGAGAAUUUCUUGGAUGCAUGUAAAAAGCUUGGAGUGCCACAGGACAAGUUGUGUUUGCCGCAUCACAUCCUGGAGGAGCGAGGUCUAGUAAAGGUCGGUGUCACUGUACAGGCACUGCUGGAUCUUCCUUCAUCAAAACCCAACCAACUUUCUACCAUGUAGCAUCACUGGAUCAUGGGACGUCCACUAAGAUCCCUUUACCCUGCCUUACCACCUCAUCCUCACUCUCAAUGCUGAUCUUUGACCUACCAUGGGGAGGUCACAAGCUUUUACCUUUCACAACUGCGGUGAACAAGCCGGCUUCCCCCUACCUCUUAUAAGCCUCUGUGGAGGGGUCUAGACAGUUUAAAGCUCCAAUAUUGUACCCCAUAUGAGGGAAACUGUAAUUCUUAAAGCCACACGCUUCAUUCUGAGGGUUAACACCUGUUUCUAUUCCACAACUGCAAUGCAGACUCUCUCCUCUCGAUGCUGGACACCUCUGUCUCCUGUCAUUUGUAUCUCCUUGUCAUCUGUCUCACUCUUCUCUUGGACCGGUGAACCCCCAACGGGUGAGGACAGGAGAAAAGCCUGCAGCUAUCUGGCUGAUUCUGGAUCGGAUGUCACUCCAGCCCUCUCCUGUAUGAAGUCACUAAGAGCUGUUUAACAUCUUGUUACAUCCUGACUUGUGUUUCCUGUCUCUUUGAAGAAAUAAGUGGGUCAGAGACAGUAUUGAUGUGCAUGUAAUAACACCCAGACCAGCACCGAGGACAUCAAGGACAGACAAAGGUGUUACCAUAAAUGUUGAUUUAUUGCAGUCAGGUGAGUCAUUGGCGGUGCAUUAGAAAGAAAUCAUAUCUUUCUGCAUGCCUGGACGGUUUUAAUAAUGAAGAUUCUGCUCACAAGACAAAGGCUUUCUUUGUGUUCUUUUACGUACAUGCCAAUGUUGCCAAAUGUUUGUUUUUCUUGACUGUUUUCACACAGGUGGUAUUUUAAGUUUUCACAGCCUGCAUGUGCCAGAAAGUAACACUUCAUAAAGUUUUGCACGUGCCAGUCUGUUUGCAUUGUGCUAUAAUUUUGUUUGUUGUGCAGGUCUGGGCAUGUACGUAAAGUUUCAGCACUAAAAUAGGUCAUUUAAAAACAUUUGCAAAAGCUAAUUGUAAUUACAGAGUAAGAACAGUCCAUUAACGAAAGAUGGGCAUUUGAUUGUGUGAUUAAAUUAAUAAUUGGCAAUCAGAAAUCAAAUGAUACUGGUAAAACUGAAUUAAGUUAAGUAAAGGGUUUGACGUGCAGUGCAUUCAUCACAGUAAACUGUCAAGAGUUAUAGAAAUGUUAAAAUAUGUACAAAUUGUUCUCAUUUGUUUGAUCAGGGAAUUUAUUUAUUUGCCUUUAUGUACUUUUGUAUGUUUUAUUUAUUUUAUUUUUAGUUCUAUUUACUUCUUUAUCAACCUCAGAAAUACAUUAACUGUAUUCUUCAAAAUCAGCAAUACUGUUCAGACAUUCUUGAGUGUUAUUCAUCAAUUUCCAAACAUGGAAAUUGGGGCAGCCAUCUUAAUGGGCUAUAGCUUUGGAGGUUGCUUGCAGUCAGUUUCUUUAUGGCACUGUUUACAUGCACACCAGAAAUCUGCUUAUUGUGAGGAAGCUAUUUUUAGAUCAGAUGCAAAAUCAAUGGUCUGAUUUGUGUACAGAACAGGGAUCCUCAAAUCUGGCUUGCGAGAUCAACUUCCCUGCAGAACCAAUCAAACUCACCCAAACCAGGUAAUCAUGUCUUUGAGAUCAGAAAGUCCCAGUUAGGUAAGUUUGAUCAAAAAUAGAGCUGAACUGAAAAUAGUUUUUUGCGAGCCGGAUUUGAGGAAUCCCUGGCAUAGACUGUACAUGUGGUGCAUUAGUAACUGCUUUCUUCACACAUUUACUUUACCGGACUUGCUAGUCAAGACAGCUCCAUAUUUAAUUGGAAAAAUGUGAGGAGUGAGGCAACAGGUAGGAUAAAAUAUCUGCACAGUAAUGUCCAAGGUAAAGACAAAAGAGUAAUCCUUAAAAAAGGUUAUGGUCAGGGCAGGCAGCAAUUAAUAGAAAACAAGGAAACAGUCCGGUGUGUGCAUCUUAAAUAGCCCUCCUGAUAUGAAGCGGGUGUCAACAGGUAAUGAGUUCCUGGGCAGGGGGAACCUGGGAAAUAGAGUCCAGGGUGAGUACGGUAAGGUUGGAGUGCCCUCUAGCACAUGGACACUAGCUGUUAAUUGUAACACCCUGCAUAGACAGCAACAGAGCUACCAUGUUCAAGUCCCAAAAAGGACAUAAAAUAAAAUUAAUCCAUGUGACAUCAGUGGUUCAACAGUACUUGCUAAGAGAAUAUUUUUGUGCACACGCAUUCGCUGUGGUACUCUCGUGAACAUGCGCCAAUGUCUGAUAUUAUUAAAUGAAUUAUUAUUAUAUGAAUUAUUAAAUAAAGGUUUUUUUUUCAUAAAUGACAGUUAGGCUGAUGUAACGUCUUUCCAACAAAAUAACUUUUACUAUACAAACUCCAUAAAACAAUUUCGAACAUCAAUUUCGAACAUCUAAAAACUGUGUACCUUUAUACAAUCCAGACUGUAAGUUUUCAUCCACUUUAAAGUCAGUAUAGCAUCUCACCUUACAGUGAAUGUAUAUUACAACCGCAGAACUCUACAGCACCUCCACUUUGGGGACUGUUUGUAGCAAGUAUCGCCAUCAUCACCAGUGGGUGUUUUGUUUGUUUGUUUGUUUUUGCUUUAUUUCUACAAAAACAAAAAAAUGUAAUCCUCUUUGCCACUCUUAACAAAUUUUGUCAAUCCCUCACUUCCGUGGGUGAGCUUAAAGCUUUCUUAAAAAUUUAAAAAAUGCAGUCUCAAGUGGACGGUGCAUGUAAACAUGAAUGCUGUUAUGCGUUAACCCACUUUACGGAGUGGAUGUAAGUACUGUAGGUUGAACAAUUUCUAUUUGUGACUGUUCGCCGUGCAUUCCUGUACAUUUUUUUUUUCUCUUUUAGUGCAGCUGUGGCUAACUAACCACUUCCAACAUAUCUUGAAAGUUAGCCUGCCUGAUGUUAUUUUAAAGCGAGAAAAUGUUGUUUCUUGAUUUAUGCCUUUUAAAAUGUCACUGCAAGCUCAGCUGUCAACAGCUGUUGACAACUUUUCUGUGGAAAGGAGUUUUAGGACCCAGAUUUACAAUGAGUAAUGCCUCACUCCCAUAUCAUGGGACAGCAUAGCAGAUACGUUUGGUUCAGUGCCAGAGCUUUGUGAUGGAUGAACUGGUGACAGCUUUUGCUCAGGCUUAUUGCCUUCUGAACACAAUCUCAGCCAAAAAUAUAAAAUGUUUUCUACAGGUUACAGGUCCCCUUAAAGAAAUGCUUUUGUUUUGGUUUUGCACCCUCUAAUUUAGUUGUUUAGCAUCUGUAUUUAUGACACCAUUUCCCAAUUAGCUAUCUGACUUUCAUAAUCUGCCAAUGUCACCACUUGCAUAACUCCUGCUACAAGAAAAAGCCUGCAUACUGCAUUCUACAGUUUUAUUAAUAUUCUACAGUAUUCAGUAUGCAUCAAUAAUGAUUGUACUGUAGCAGAGAUAAUUAUUGUCAUAAGACUAUAUGCUGAAACGGGUUUCAUGACACUUAUAGUUCAUUUCGAGUGUGCAUGUUUACAGUGUUCAUAGAGAGGAGUGUGUUAUUUAAAAAAAAAAACAUGUUUUGUUUUCCUUUCACCAUCAAACUCAAUCUUGGCAAAAAUAAAUCACUCGUCAGCUCUGAUUCUUAUCCAUGUUGAUGAGAAACUGUUCAGUUUGUAAAAAGAUGUGUUGAUUAAAAAGUAAUAGACAGGGGAUGCCUCCUACGCAGUGCGUACUGUAUAUGUAAAUGUUUUUGUAUGACAACUGGAAUGCAUGUCUGGACCAUACCAUUAUCCAUGUACAUAAUCUACGUUUCAACACAUUAGAAUGUUUCCUUAAAAAGGAAACCAGCCAAAACAUUUAAAAAAAUACUGAAAUAAACUGACCUUUUACAGUG